AUGUCCGGUGCCGCCGUCAAUCUGAUCGAAGGAGACCCGUGGCAGGCUACCCAGGAAGACCUGUCGCCGGAUUAUGACUAUCCUGGGGAUGGAGAAAAUAUACAGAGAUUUGACUGGUCCUUUGGUCCCGUGAUGAAUGUUGGUUACCUGGAUCUGGACACCUUAGAAAUCACAGUGAAUCCAAUGUAUAUGGGCAUUAGUGCUGGAACCUUGACAGGAAACUUACGGGAUGGAGUGAAAUUGAAUAUCAGUUACCACCUGGGUAAAGGAACACAACAUUGGUAUCUGAAAAACGGCAAUCAGUUGUGGACGCAUGUUGACUUCAGUGUCAGCUUCAAUGGAAGCUAUCAAGGCGCUUACAAGAUAUUCAGUUUGUAG